UGGAUGAGUAAUUUAGUCAGUGCACUAUUGUGCACCUAGAAACUUCUAUUGUUAACUCCUAUUUACUCACCAAGUUGUUACGUACAACUUCAAUUAAAUUAUGUUACUCUUUACCAUAUUGUUAAUGACACGAUAAUUAUUUUAAAAAUAUCAGUAAUUCAUAAAUUAUUUAAAAACUUUCCGCCAUUGUUACAAAAAAAAUUUUAAAAACUACAAGCGUUCAAAUAAUGAAAACACAGUGAUGCUCGUUACCUCGUCAUGCACAUACGGAUAAACAUUUAUAUCAAAAAAAUAUAACAAUAUUAUAUUUAUAUAUAAAUAUAUACAUAUAUAUUUUGAAAAAUGGAUUUCGGUGAAUUACUUUCAGUUGCUCAAAAAAAUAGUUCUACUAAACAGAAUGUAUCGUAUUAUCCAAGUAAAUUUACACCACCAAAAAAGGAAGUGAAGCAGUCGAAAACUUUGUCAGAGAAUAUUAAAAAAUUCUUAGCACGAAAAGAAGAAGAGGAAAAAAAAAAAUCCCAGGAUGAAAAACGUAAAAAAGAGAACUUGCUAUCACUGAGGGAUCAUAAAGCGCAGAGCAGAAUAAAUAAACAUCUAAAAAUAUGUAAAGCUGCCAAUAAGUCCGUAUUAGCUGACGCUAUUAAUCAUGAGGACACUGCUGUUACAAUGGCUGGUCCGUCGCAACCAGACGAAGAUGACUACGGUUAUGUAUCACAAGAAGCCUCUGCAUUUUAUGAUAAACUGAUGAACAAAUACCAAAGUCUACCUCCAGAGAAGCCCUUGUUCGCAGAGAGUGGAAAAAAAAUAGUUCGAGAUAUCGCGUCGACUAAAGAUCGGGUCAAGCAGGCGCUGAAACAACAAGAGUUGGAAGCCUCGCUGCCGCACAGACGUAAAAGAAAGUCCGAGGCAAGUGGACGCAGUGAUCGUGAAUCUCAUGAUAAUUCAAAUGAUCGUGAUAGUUAUAGUAGUAAUAAUAAUAAUAAUAGUAAUAGUAAUAAUAGUAAUAGCAGCCGUAAUGGGGAAGAUGAUAAACCUAAAGCUAAAAAACGUCCGCUGCCGCCACCGAUUGACUUCAUGUCUCUGUUAAAAUUAGCUGAGCAAAAGCAGCAUGAGCCGGUGGUAAUUGAACCCAAAGUCAAACCCAAGGAGGACUUGGUGCGUCCGAUGACGAAGAAGCAGAAGAAAGAAUACAUGAAGGAAAAAGAAUGGAAGGACAAGAGGGAACGGGAGAAAAAUGGUGACGUCAAAGUUCCUGAUAAGAGUUUAGUUAAAAGUAGCUCGGUAUCAACGUCGUCGUCGUCGUCGUCAUCGGUGGCAACGCCGAGCAAAAAUUUAAAAUUGAAUGGCAGUAAAGUCUCUGCUGAUAAAAAUGAUAGAAUAGACAGAGAUAAAUCCUCGGAUAAAAGUGACAGAGUCGCUGAUAAAAGUGAUCGGAUGUCAUCUAAGUCUACUCCUGUUGCUAAGAAAAUUAGUGAUAAAAGUAAUGAGAAGUCGGGUAGUAAAGUUAAUCCUAAGGACGAAAUUUUAGAGGAGAGACGUAAAUUAGAAGCUGAGAAACGGGAAAUUGAAAAUAUGAGACGGGUUCUUGAAGAGGAAAGAAGAAAAUUGGCGAUGAUUAAAAAUAAAAAACCAGACGAUCGUUUGUCUAAUUCUGGUGCAAAUAAAAAUAAUGGUAGUAGUAGUAGUAAUAAUAAUAAUAAUUUGAAAAGUGGCAGCAGUAGCAGUAAUGGUAAAUUGAACGGCAGAGAUGAUAGAGACAGUAAAUUAAAAGUGGAUAAACGCAUUGAUGGAAAGACAAGUAAAUUUCCACCAGAUGUUAGACCACGACAAUUUCCUCCGGCUGAUGUUAAGCCAAGACAGUUUCCUCCUGGUGAUAUUAAACCGAGACAAUUUCCCCCCGCUGAUGUCAAGACGAGACAGUUCCCUCCAGCUGAUGUCAGAGCGCGGAAUUUUCCCCCUUCGGAUGUCAGGAAGAAUGGCAGCAAGCUCCCGAUUAAUAAACGGAGAAUUUAUGAUGAUGAUGAUGAGGAAGAAUAUGAUUCUGAGUUGGAUGACUUUAUUGAUGAUGAUCCGCAAGAUGGUUCUGAGGAUUACAGCAAAUAUAUCAGUGAAAUAUUUGGGUAUGACAAAAGUAAAUAUUCAAACUUUGAUGAUGAUGAUGCCAAUAUGGAGAGUAAUUAUGCGCAGCAGCUUAAAGAAGAAUUUGUGUCAACUAAAAUUGGUAUAAUGGAAGAUUUAGAAGACAUAAGACAAGAAGCUCUUGAGAAGAAACGCAAAGCCAGCAUGCUGAAGAAAAUAAAAAAAAAGUAGGAGUAAUUUAAUAAAUUUUAAUUAACUAAAAAAAAUUAAAAUGAAGGAAAAUUAUUUUUUAUUCGAGAGUAUAUUAAUAUAAAUAAAUCGAUAAUAAAAAAAAAUGUGUAAAUUAUAUAAAAAUUAGAGUCACGAUCGAAUGAAAAAAUAGGGUUUUUUACAAAUUUUUUUCAUGCAAUGUGUAAAAAAUUUUGAUAGAUUAUAAGAUAAUUAUAAUCAGCAUUAAUUAUAAUUAUUUUAAAAAUAAUUAUAUCGAUUUAAAAUAUAAAACUAAUAUUUUCACACUUUAUUAAAAUUCC